GACUUUUCUGGGGGCCAAGCAAGUGGCUGCAGGCUCUGAGGAGCGGAGCUACUUGUGGCUUGUUUCUGAAACCUUCAUCCUGUGUUAUGGUCGACCGGGAGUGCGCCGGGGAGCAGAUUGUGCGAAUGGGCGUGGCGAGAGGAGAAAGGUCGCCUCGGGGUGCAGGGUCAGGAUGACAGCCCCUGGGCAGGCCGGGCGGGUGUGACUUGGUGUUAGGGAUUACGCGCCGGAGGCGGGAGAGAGAGGAACUCAGGUCCGAGCAAGAGAGGGCCACGUCCUUAAUCAAAGCAGGGAACCCAAAACGGAGGAGCAGGGUCUUGGGAGGGGAGAUGCAAGGACGAAUCACUUCGUUCUCUGUUGGACCUCGCGGUGGACAUAUCCGAUAAGUAGCAGGAAGCAGCGAUCUGGCACUCGGGAACCAGCGCUGGUCUAGGUGUCCCCAAAGACUGCGGGAAUGCUCGGAUCCGAGGUGACAGCAAUGGCCCGGCCCUUUUCUGGGCUCAGGUGUAAUAUCCACCGCUUCCUGUAACACAAUUUGUGGAGCCUGACGGCCUGCGGGCACGCCGCUGGGGCCGGCGUGGGCGAGGGACGAGCGCCGCGGGCGUAGCGGAGAAGCGCACGAGGGAGGUUCCCCGGAUUCGUGUCCGUUUUGGAGGCCCAGGCGGCCCGCCCGGCGUGCUCCCGCGCGGGCCAGACCCCGGAGCAGACACCAGGGUUAUCACCCGCCUGCCCUAGGGCCCCGCGCCCGCCGCCGCCGGCCGCUCCGGGGAAGGACCUCGCCCGGCCUCGGCCCGCCAAUCAGCGCGGCCCUCCCGCCGCGCCCCGGCGCUCCAGUGACGCGCGCGCCCCGGCCUACGCCCGCGGCGCUUUGGCGACGGCCCCUCCCGCGCCCGCCCGGCCCGUUAACUGCGCGCCGCGCCUCUUGUGCGACGGCCCCUGGGCGGCGGCGCGUGCGGACCCAGCCUUGGCGCGCCCCCUGGCGGCCCGGCGGGGCGCUGCGGACGCGGCGCUGACCCGGAGGCGGCGGCGGCGGUGCCCGGAUGGAGGCACGUCAUUGUCCCCCGCCGGGCGGCUGGGCUGUGUGCGGCGGCGGCGGCGGCGGCGGCGGCGGCCGAGGGGGAUGGAGCGAGCGCCGAGCCGGGUCAGAGUUGAACAAUGACCAUAGUUGACAAAGUUUCUGAAUCCUCAGACCCGUCACCCUAUCAGAAUCCGCCCGGCAGCUCUGAGGCGGUCUCACCCGGAGACAUGGAUGCAGGGCCUGCCGGCUGGGGUGCUGUGUCUUCGUUGAACGAUGUUUCGAAUCACACACUUUCUUUAGGACCAGUACCUGGUGCUGUAGUUUAUUCAAGUUCACCUGUACCUGAUAAAUCAAAACCAUCACCACAAAAGGAUCAAGCCCUAGGGGAUGGCAUUGCUCCUCCGCAGAAGGUUCUCUUCCCGUCCGAGAAGAUCUGCCUGAAGUGGCAGCAGACGCACCGAGUGGGCGCCGGGCUGCAGAACCUGGGCAACACCUGCUUCGCCAACGCCGCGCUGCAGUGCCUGACCUACACGCCGCCCCUCGCCAACUACAUGCUGUCCCACGAGCACUCCAAGACCUGCCACGCAGAAGGGUUCUGUAUGAUGUGCACCAUGCAAGCACACAUCACCCAGGCCCUCAGUAACCCUGGGGACGUCAUCAAACCGAUGUUUGUCAUUAACGAGAUGCGGCGUAUAGCUAGGCACUUCCGGUUUGGAAACCAAGAAGACGCCCACGAGUUCCUUCAGUACACCGUUGACGCUAUGCAAAAAGCGUGCCUGAACGGCAGCAAUAAGUUAGACAGACACACCCAGGCCACCACGCUCGUUUGCCAGAUAUUUGGAGGAUACCUAAGAUCCAGAGUCAAAUGUUUAAAUUGCAAAGGCGUUUCAGACACUUUUGAUCCGUAUCUUGAUAUAACAUUGGAGAUAAAGGCCGCACAGAGUGUGAACAAGGCGCUGGAGCAGUUUGUGAAGCCCGAGCAGCUGGACGGAGAGAACUCCUACAAGUGCAGCAAAUGUAAAAAGAUGGUUCCAGCUUCAAAGAGAUUCACCAUACACAGAUCCUCCAACGUUCUUACACUUUCUCUGAAACGCUUUGCAAAUUUUACCGGUGGAAAAAUUGCCAAGGACGUGAAAUAUCCGGAGUACCUUGACAUUCGACCGUACAUGUCUCAACCGAACGGGGAACCCAUCGUUUACGUCUUGUACGCGGUCCUGGUGCACACCGGCUUCAACUGCCACGCGGGCCACUACUUCUGCUACAUCAAGGCGAGCAACGGCCUCUGGUACCAGAUGAACGACUCCAUCGUGUCCACCAGCGACAUCAGGGCGGUCCUCAGCCAGCAGGCGUAUGUGCUCUUCUACAUCAGGUCCCACGAUGUGAAAAACGGAGGCGAGCUCACUCACCCCGCCCACAGCCCCGGCCAGUCCUCGCCCCGGCCGGUGAUCAGCCAGCGCGUCGUCAGCGGCAAGCCGGCCGCGCCGGGGUUCAUCGGACCGCAGCUCCCUGCGCACGUGAUGAAGAACCCGCCCCACGUGAACGGGACCGGGCCGCUGAAAGAGGCGCCGAGCAGCUCCCUGUCGAGCCCGAACGGAAACGCCAGCGUCAGCAGGGCUGGCCCCGUCAGCGCCUCGACCUCUGUUCAGAACUGGUCAGUGAACAGGUCCUCAGUUAUUCCGGAACACCCCAAGAAACAAAAAAUCACAAUCAGUAUUCACAACAAGUUCCCUGUCCGCCAAGGUCAGUCGCAGCCCAGCCUGCACGGCAGUCCUUUGGAGAGCCCUGCCAGGCCCGCCCCCUCUUCCACCGUUACCAAUUCUUCCGCAAUGCAGUCUACCUCGGGCGCUGCUCCCGCGCCGGGGCCCGGCCCGGGCCCGAAGCCGCCGGCCCCCAGUGAGUCCUGCUCCAAGCCGGUGGUGAACGGCAAGUCCAAGCUGAGCUCCAGCGUCCUGGUCCCCUACGGCGCCGAGUCCUCGGAGGAGUCCGACGAGGAGGCCAAGGGCCUCGGCCGGGAGAACGGCCUGGGCGCGGCCGAGAGCGUGCGCCCCGCCACUCGGGACGGGGACGGGGACGGGGACGGGGCCCCUGCGCACGCGCUCCUCCGAGAGCCGGCUCCUCUGAACGGUGCUAGUGACGGCGCGGACGGCGACCCCAAAGAAAACGGUCUGUCGUUCGACGGUGCCGGUUGCCAAGUCCAGCCUGCUCUGCACUCAGAAAACCCCUUUUCCAAGGCAAACGGCCUGCCCGGGAAGCUGAUGCCCGCUCCUCUGCCACCGCUCCCGGAAGAUAAAAUCUUAGAGACCUUCAAGCUCGGCAGCAAGGGGACGGCAGGCUCACCGGAGGAAGCCAGUGCCGCCGGAGCCGGAGCCGGAACCGAGGGAAGCCCGACCGUGCAUCCCCGUCCUGAGGCUGGCCUGGAGCCUGGCAGCCCCGCCCCUGACGGCCGGGAGAAACUGGGGGCAGUCCCCAGCCCCAGCAGCAAGUUCAAGAAGGCUCUGCCGCUCUCGGACCCCAGCACCAAAUCUACCAAAGAAGAGGCCUCUGAGAACGCCUCAGCAGAACCGCAGGAGUCCUCGCCCGGCCCCGGCCACCUUUGUAACGCCGCCAAGACCACCGCCGGGGACGACCGCCUCUCUAAACUGUGUGAGCCCGGGAAUUUAACAGGCGAGCAGAGCAAAGCAGCCCAGGACGUGACAGGGACAUCAUCAGAGAGUCCCCAGGACGUGGCGGCAGUGGAAGCCACGGGGAGGCUGAGCCCGCGUCCCUCGGCAGGGGCCGGGGGCGACGGUGCGCAGGGACCCUCGGUGCACAGUGGCCGAGACCAGGGCGGGGAGGCAGGAGCGGAAGAGGCGCCCGAGGGCAUGGGGGCACCUGCCAACGAGCUGCCCUGUCCUCCGCUGGACAAGGUCACAGAAGGCCAUUCAGAAGCGGGUGGGGCUCCUCAGCAGAGUUCCGGGGACCAGUGUGAAGAGAAUGGGGCUGGGCAGAGAGUCCAAGAUCGUUCCCCAGUUAAGGAAAAGAUCAGCAACCUCCGAAAAGUGGACCGAGGACAUUACCGCAACCGGAGAGACCGCUCCUCCAGUGGGGAGCGCCCGCGGGACAGCAGGAGCAAGACCGAGGACCAUUACCACCAGAGGCGGCACCCCUACGUGCGGGAGCGGGCGCCGCAGGGCCGCUUCAGGCCGGAGCACGGCGGCGGGGGCCCGCACCACCCCUGCCAGCACCACGGCCUGGCCCGGCACCGCCACCACCGCUCCCGGAGCAGGGGCCGGUCCGACCAGGGCUGGGGCACCUACCGCCACUCGGAGGAGCACUCCUGGGGCCGGGAGAAGUGCUACCCAGACAAGAGGAGGUGGGACAAGUGCCGCUAUUACCACGACAGGUACGCCCCGUACACGGCUCGGGAGGCGUGGGAGUGGAGGCCUCUGCACGGCGACCGGGACUACGACCGCGUGGGCCAGCACGGCGGCCCGCCGUGCAAGGACUCCCACCGGGGCAGGAGGGGCUGCGCGCUGGCCGCCGGGGAGCGGGAGCAGCGCCGCUUCAGCAGCCCCCGCGCGGGCCCGCCCCACGCCCUGCCUCCCUGCCCCGAGAAGUACCCCCACGAGAAGACCGCACUGGGACCCGAAGGCAGCAGCUGUCACCUCGCCGAUCACUUGCAUGAACACAAGGAUGCGAAGCCACGGAAACGGCGGUACGACAGUGUGGAACGGAGUGACACCUACGCAGAAAAGAAAGCCUGGAGAAGCUCACCAAGGGGCCCCUUAGAAGAACCUAAAGUGAAGAAGCACAAAAAGUCAAAGAAGAAAAAGAAAUCCAAAGACAAGCACCGAGAGCGCGAUUCCAGGCACCCGCAGGACUCAGACCUCUCGGGAGCACACUCCGACGCGGACCUCCACAGGCACAGGAAGAAGAAGAAGAAAAAGAAGAGACACUCGAGGAAAUCCGAGGACUUGGGUAAAGACGCGGGACCGCACUUAGCUAAGGCCACCAGCUCGGAGACUGCUGACCGCUUCCGGAGGACGGAGGGCCCCCCGCUCACCGACAGCCUGCCCCUGGAAGGGGCCGGGCCUCUGCGUGAGAAGACGAGACACUUCCGCAUGGCCGGCAGGGGCGACCGGUGCCAUGUGUCGGAGUGUGGCCAGGGUGACUGAAGACUCGGCCUCAAAACCAGGACGCCGCUAGUCACGAUUCGACAUGUUCAACAGAAGCCAUCCCCAACCCAGCUUAAAUUAUAAAUAUAGAAAAUAACCUUGUUCAAAUCUGCGUGGUGCUUCUUUAGUAAAUACUGUACAGAUUUUACCAUGGACAACUUUUUUUUUAGUUUUUACCUUUUCUUAAUUACCCUUAUUCCAAAUGGACGAACACUUUCUACAACUGCUGAGCGUUGUGAAAUACCGUGUAUAUAAGUCACACUGAAAUAACGCCCUGGACUAGAACAUCUCAAAUGCUGCUUACUCCCAGACUCAGGUCGAUCACUGCAUCCCACGCGAUGCUCCUCCAAGUCCGACAGCCGGCGCGAGGCCCGCCGGGAAGCCAGAGCUGUCCCACGUGCAGCCGACAGUAUGUAUAUCUAAUUUAAAGACGUAUUUAAAGCUCCACCAGCUCUCAGCCAGGCUUCCGAGAGCAGUCUGUUUUCUGUACCGUCUGAUACUAGAAACUAAUUUGCUUCAUAUUUUAGUUGUAUUCAAGAUUUGAAGGUGUAUUUUAUAGACAAGUUCUGUUUUUGAACUUUGUGGAACUAUUCCGAUCAAUUUACCAGUUAUGAUGAGUAUUUACAUUAUGAAUGUAUAACCCAGACAUUAUUUGUAAAGCCUACAGUGCGUUUUUUACUACAUAACACUUUUUUAUACAGUGUCUCUCGUCUUGACUAUGAUACCGGAGUCUGAGUUGUCAGCUUGGUCCCUUAAAAGUUUCUAGUUACAGACACAAUCAUACUGUGAUUUUAUUUUUAAUAUGGAUAUGCUAUCAAACUGUGAUACACUUAUAACUCACUGGUCCUGCAUCAGGAGAUGGGGUGGGGAAAACUGUAUUUGAUACAGUUUGUAUCUGAAUAAUCUGUAUGGUUUAUACAGUUUGUGUUGUUCAGAGAUGUCUAAAGUUUGAUCUUUGUUUUUUUAAAGAUUAAAAAAGCACUUGCCCCACUGUAAAUAUACAGCAUGUAAAAUUUAUAGAGUAUAUAAAUGGCAGCAAACUAAACACCUGUGUCUUAUUUUUCACUGCUGUCCGCCCCAUCUGCUUACAGACACACCUCACGGCUUCCUCCUGCCGCCUCCACUCUGUUAGCGCCGCCCCAGCGCGCGGCGGACUCUGGCCCCGCCCGGAGGCGCAGACCGGGACGGCGAGCGGUCGCUGGGCCCGGCGGCGGCGCACAGAAGCAGGUCUGCAGACGGCCUUGUGUGAGCAGUGCGUCUGGUUUUAUUUAGUGAGCACAGAGUUUGCAGUCGGACAGCCACACACCCUCCAGUUUUACUGUUUACAACAAAAUAUCGAUAUAGGGUAUUUUUUCAUGCAAGUUGUGGAAGUAUAUACACUGAAUAAACACUCCAGAAAUCAAUAUAUAUGUACAUUAUUUACACAUUAACUAUUUACUGUAAUAGAAAUG